CGCGGACAUCGAUGCUUUCGAUGUUUUAAGGUAAAACAACCGAUUUAUUCGUGGCGUGAGUUUUGAACAGUAACUUGGGAUAUCUAAAAAAUAAGAAUAACUUGAAGCAAAUCAAACUGGCUAUAUUACCGCCAUAAAAGAUAACGGAAUAACGGGAAACAUCUCUCUCCGAUUAUCGUGGAAUAUAAAACAACUGAUUGAUUUUGUAAACAAAUGUUUGUUAUCAAUCGCAAUUAACAACAAAACCAAUGUUGCGCUAAGAGCGAAUGCCGAGUGAAAAGAGUAGCCAAAAGCCGUGGAUUCGCCGACAAUUUCGGUGUAUUUAAGGCUGUGCAUAAUAAAAACAAAAUCCGAAUUUCGAAACCUUUUCUCAGUCAGCGGAAUCGGGAGAGCAACGUCAAAUUUUCGUGUCACGCCAUCUCGCUCGCACCGCAAAGGUCGUUCGUUGCUGCCGUGUUGGUGUGUGGGGCCAUGUGUGUGUGUGAGUGCUUUUUGGUUGGAAUAUGGAAGAAUAUACGCGAUAUAAAAUGCAUGAAGGCAUAAAUUAAAUGAAAGCUGCAUGUGAAAACAGAACCAAAGCCAAUGUUAAUUCUCGUGCAAGGCAAAGAAUAACGAAUGACGAGAGCGCGCAAUAAGAUAAAAUUGAAGGUUAUUCUCUGUGCGUGUGUGUACGCGCGUGCCAGUGUGUGGGUACUCCAUUGUAAACAAAAAAGCAAGUGUUGAGCGAGGGAGAGAACGGGAGAGUGAGAGAGCAGAGCGGAAGAGCUCUGGCUAGAGAGAGCGCACGCUUGUUCUCUGGCUCGCUCGCUCGCACGAAGAAAGCAGAGCAGAGCGACGCUGAAAAUGUCAAUAAACUCUGCAAAAGGUGAAAAAUUCAAGUGCAAUAAUUUCCCCACUUGCCAUCGUCCCCACGCGAAAGUCUAAGGAGAGUCAAAGUCAAACACUGAUUGACAUGCAAAGCCCCAGCGAAAUUCCGCAAUAAAAAUGUGACAAACUGAUUUUCCAGCAAACAAAACAAAAAACCAACCAACCGACUACUUAAUUCCCAACUGGAACGGCACACUAAAGUUUUGUCAACGACGGAAACUCAUUUUUAGGGAAACCCCAUUAAACUCAUAUUAGACUGAACGAAACUACUAUUGGACUAACUUGAUUUAAUUUUGAAAUGUUUUACAACACAAUGGAACUGCAUCAACGACAUCUCUCAAACUUUUACAAAAUUGCACAACUGAGAUAAGCACAUAUAAAUCGUAAGAGAGCACAUCGAUCUGCCAGAGCAGCAGAUCGCCUCACUGGAGGCCAUUGUCAUAGUACCACCGCUAAAGAAUCAGCAUGCCGAAUAUGUCCAGUAUCAAGACGGAGCAGCAGAGCACUGGCGGUGGCUAUCAGCUGCCGGUCAACAUGUGCACCACCACUGCAUCCACGACGACAACAACACUGGGAGUAGGAGGAGUAACCGGCGGAACCACCGGAUCGAGACACAAUGUGUCCGUGACUAACAUCAAGUGCGAGUUGGAUGAUCUGCCCACGCCCAACGGUAACCUGGUGCCUGUGAUUGCCAACUAUGGCCACGGUAGCCUGCGCAUUCCACUGAGUGGAGGCCCACCUCCCAAUCAUGAGGAGGAGUCAGAUUCGGAGGCAGAGCUGGCGAACAUCGAGAACCUGAAGGUGCGCCGGCGGACGGCGGACAAGAACGGGCCGCGUCCCAUGUCAUGGGAGGGCGAGCUGAGCGAACCGGAGGCCAACGGUGGCGACGAGGAGCUGAUGGAGACGGAGCCGACGAUUAAGAGCGAGGUGCUGGUAGCACCCCUGCAGCCCGCUUGUGCUCUGCAACCCAUUAAGACCGAACUGGAGAACAUCGCAGGCGAACUGCAGCAGCAGCAGCAGCAACUGCAGCAGCUAGGAAAGGCUUUCCCCCUGAACACCAGCACCACCAGCGCCUCCCAAUCGCUAGCGGCGAAUCCCAAACUUAAGCUGGCGCCCACGCAAAGCGAUCCCAUCAAUCUCAAGUUUGAACCGCCGCUGGGCGACAACUCGCCGCUGCUGGCCGCCCGCAGCAAGUCGAGCAGCGGUGGCCACCUGCCGCUGCCCGCGAAUCCCAGUCCCGACUCCGCCAUACAUUCCGUCUAUACGCACAGUUCGCCAUCGCAGUCGCCGCUGACCUCGCGUCACGCCCCCUACACGCCCUCGCUGAGUCGAAACAACAGCGACGCCUCGCACAGCAGCUGCUACAGCUACAGCUCCGAGUUCAGUCCCACCCACUCACCCAUCCAGGCGCGACAUGCCCCCCCGGCCGGCUCGUUGUACGGCAACGGAGGUGUGCAUCAUCACAGUGUGUUGUAUCGCCCGCUAAAGGUGGAGGCCUCGUCCACGGGACCGCCAUCCGGCAGCCAGGAGGCGCAAAAUCUGAGCAUGGACUCCAUUUCCAACGGUCUGGAUGCAACGGGCUCGGGGUCUUCGCUGCCUGCAUCACCGGCUGGCAUAUCGCGCCAGCAGCUCAUCAACUCACCGUGUCCCAUUUGCGGCGACAAGAUCAGCGGCUUCCACUACGGCAUCUUCUCCUGCGAGUCCUGCAAGGGGUUCUUCAAGCGCACCGUGCAGAACCGCAAGAACUAUGUGUGCGUGCGUGGCGGGCCCUGCCAGGUGAGCAUCUCCACGCGCAAGAAGUGUCCGGCCUGCCGGUUUGAGAAGUGCCUGCAAAAAGGCAUGAAGCUGGAGGCCAUCCGCGAGGACCGGACGCGUGGAGGUCGCUCCACGUACCAGUGUUCGUACACGUUGCCCAACUCGAUGCUCAGUCCACUGCUAAGUCCCGACCAAGCAGCAGCCGCUGCUGCUGCCGCAGCGGUGGUCAGUCAGCAGCAACAGCAGCAGCAGCAGCAACAUCAGCAACAGCAUCAUCAUCAGCGACUCCAGCAGCUGAAUGGCUUCGGCGGCGGACCCCUUCCCGGCUCAACCUCCCUGCCAGCCAGCCCGAAUCUGGGUGGGGCUUCCAUCAAGACGGAGGACCUGGCCACGGAGGCGGGCAAGCAGAGUCUGCGAACUGGAAACGUGCCGCCGCUACUGCAGGAAAUCAUGGAUGUUGAACAUCUCUGGCAGUACACAGAUGCCGAGCUGGCCCGCAUCAACCAACCGCUGUCUGCAUUUGCCUCCGGCAGUUCCUCGUCGUCGUCAUCCUCGUCAGCCACUUCAUCGGGCGCCAACCAGGGCCAACAGCCGCAGCUGACCAACCCACUGCUGGCCAGUGCCGGUCUCUCUUCCAACGGCGAGAACGCCAAUCCCGAUCUGAUUGCCCAUCUGUGCAACGUGGCGGAUCAUCGUCUCUACAAGAUUGUCAAAUGGUGCAAAAGCUUGCCGCUCUUCAAGAACAUUUCGAUCGAUGAUCAGAUCUGUCUGCUCAUCAAUUCUUGGUGCGAACUGUUGCUCUUCUCCUGCUGUUUUCGAUCGAUCGACACUCCCGGCGAAAUAAAAAUGUCACAAGGCAGAAAGAUAACACUGUCGCAGGCCAAAUCGAAUGGGUUGCAGACCUGCAUUGAACGAAUGCUCAAUCUGACCGAUCACCUGCGACGAUUACGCGUUGACCGCUACGAAUAUGUUGCCAUGAAGGUGAUUGUGCUGUUGCAGUCAGAUACCACGGAGCUGCAGGAGGCCGUAAAGGUUCGUGAAUGCCAGGAGAAGGCCUUGCAAAGCUUGCAGGCUUACACUUUGGCCCAUUAUCCCGACACGCCGUCAAAGUUUGGGGAGCUACUGUUGCGCAUACCCGAUCUGCAGCGUACGUGCCAGCUGGGCAAGGAGAUGCUGACGAUCAAGACUCGCGAUGGCGCCGAUUUCAACUUGCUGAUGGAGCUCCUGCGCGGAGAACAUUGACAAUUGAUGAUGACGAAAACGGUGGAAAUAUGCUUCCGCUGGCACAACAACAAGAUUUACAUACCUAGUAUUAGAUAUAAAUAUAGUUUAGCUUUAAGUUAUCUACACCUAUAAGCUCUGAAAACAUGUGCCUAAAAACCAAAGCCACGGCAUCAGUCGCAUCGGGACAGGGACGAUGAUGAUGAUGAAACUAAGCGCAAGCGCAGGAUUGCCAAACCUUUUACACACCCAAUAUAUAUUUUGAUAUAUGUAUGAUGGCCCUCGAUCGCGGCUGUUGUUGUUGGCUAGAGUUUCCAGUAAGAAAAGUAUAUAAUGUUUUUGCUAUAUAUACAUAUAUACAUACAUUUGACUUAUGUAUAGAGUAAACACUAAAGCACACAUGGAAAAUGAAAAGACUAAACAAUUUAUUUAAAAGAAUACUUUUAGGCAUUAAGCAGAGGUAGAGAGAGCGACAGGGAGAAGGGCAACCACAAAAGGCAAAUCAAAUUAAAUUUAGUUAAAGCAGCUAGCGACUUUUUAUACAUACAUACAUAUACAUACCUAUAUGUAAGAGGGGAAUAAAUUCAAAACUAUUUUUUAAUGAAUUGCCAAAACCUAUUUAAGGGUUUAUUAAAUGGAGGGGAGCUGCUAGGAUUUUCGAUACAUAUAUAAACUAUACAUUAAUGUGGAAAACGGAUAGUUGAAUCCAACUUUUAAAUGUUGUAGCAUUUAGUUUUUAGUGCAAUUUCACCCUUGUCUACAUAUAACUAUAUAUAUAUAUAUAUACAGCCAGAUAUGGCCGCAAAACUAUAUACAAAACAAAAAAAAAAGAAAAAAAGACCACUCGAAAUCGCCAGCUCUCUGGCUGGCCAAGACUAUUCCAGUGAUGCUAAUUUGUUGCAUAAAAAACACACAACUACAUACAUACAUAAAUCAAAUUUAUAAUCAUUUUCAUUCUGUACUUUAGUUUCGUAUUAAUUAAUUCAUUACGUUUAUGGUGUAACUUUUACUUAAAUAGCUGAAGCAAAUCCUGCAACAGGAUUUAAAACAUAAUAAUUACAAUUACCGAGAAUAAUUUUUUGCUUAUAAACUAGAUAGUUAGAUAUGUAUGUCUAUAUGUGAGUACGUUAACUGUAAAGCUCUUCCUGCCCCACCAGAAAAGCAAAAGCAAAAGCAAAAAAGAUUGUAAGACAUGAAAUUCCAAAUGAAAUAAAAGAGAUCAAGAGAGACAACAACACAUAUACUUAAAUUCAAAAGACAGGAGGCCAUCGUGAUUUUUUUUGUAAUGAAUCUAAAAUUAUUUAUUCUUAAUCAUAUUUUGCCAUUUAAAAAUCAAAAACAAUUGUAUUUAAUACCCUAACGAAUGUAUAAUUUUCUGUUACCAUCACGACGUCGAUCUCAGUUCAUAUCGAUCUUGGCCGCCUGUCUAAUCCCGCUGCUGUCCGUAAAUGUAAACCUAAACUUAAAUUGAAAAUAGUUAAAUGUUAAUAGAAUUAAACAAAAAAACGCUCUAACUAAAUAUCAAUAUACAGAGUACCAUAGUUAAAUAAAGAAGACACCCAACAAAAUCAAUCAAAAGUAUCAUAUAAUUUACGUAGCAAGAAUAAAUAUUGUAAAAUCGGCAGCUUCUACUACUUAAGUCAAUUGCUUAAGUAGCCAGAUUGUGCUCAAAAUGGAAAACAAAAACACAACUGUUUCAGUCUUAUAAACUUUUACUUGUGUCACAUGUUUUAUUUCGCCACCAAACUCAUCCCACACAUAGGAAAUAUCGUUUGCUUUUAAAUAAAUGUAAUUAUUGAAAUAUAAAAACAAAAUAAAUUGGUCAACAAUUAAACGUAAAUUGUCAAUGCAAUAUUUUGUAAUAAAAAAACUAUGAUAAAAUCCUUAAAAA